CUGAUGCCAGUUUCAAUGGAGUUGUAGGUGGAAUGGACUCUGAUGAGCCAGAUGGUCUUUCGUUUAUACCAAAUUUAACAGAUGAAGAAGAUGCGGAGAGUGAAAGCCUUAGGUCAUCAAAGUUACCCCCGCCAUCCAAGAUCAUGAUGGCGGCACAGCCUACUGCAGGACCAUCAAAGAGCAGUUACCAAGAACACAAACAGGAACGUGUUGUCAAGAGAAGGAAGACCAAAGCAGAGGAACUCAUUGAUUGGCAAAUUAUAUACUUUCAAAAUCAGGUGGAAUUGGCACAGCAAGAGAAGGAAAUCAAUCGGGUGAAGCUGAGAGUGAUGGAAAAAUAUGAAAAAAAACUUGAUACAGAGGAAAUAGACAACCUUCUUCGAGAGUUAAACAUGAACAUGUGAUAUGGUUUAAUUUCAUCCUGGUUUUCAUGGCAUUUAUUUAUUAUUUGACUGUUUGCAAUUUAUGUACGAGCUUGUAAGGUUACCUACAUGAUGUGUUUAAUUCAGUGUGAGUCGUCUGUCUGCAAUAUUUGGGCCAUUCUGAGCGAUUUACCUUACUUGCCAAAAUAAAGUGAGCACGUAAAUAUCUAUGUAUCCAACCGGUGUUGUU